AGAGGCAGUGAGCAGAGGGACCCUCAUUUCCUUAUAGGAAAUAGGGACAAGGGCCAUUGCAAAGAUAAAUUUCAUGAUCCCAGGCAAAGUGCUGGCACCACUUUCUGGGCUUCUGAGAAUCCAGGCAGAAACAUUGCAGAGUUGUGUGUGGUUGAUGUCAGUUCCCUGUCUUAUUCCUCUCCACAUUCGUGCACAAAACAUACCAUCUUGAAACUUUUGUCACUAUCACCGCCUUGGUAGAAUGAGACCGUAGUUGUUAGCUGGGCUUUGAUUUGAGGACGACAGAGUUUUAAUGACGAAGAGAUUUCAGAAGUUAGUGACUAAGAAGAUAUUCUUGAAAUUAGUAUGAACUCUAUUUCUCACUUCUGCUCUUUCCAAGUUUAAUUUAGACCCCACCAGUGGUGGAAAUUCAUUCCCCAAGCAUUUGCUUUUCACGGUUUUGAGUCUUUUCCUCCUGAAUGAGUGCUGUUGUCGAAACAGUUUGCAUGCUGACUGCUGGCCAAGGAGAGGAGAGGAAGUCUGGCUGCUCUGGACCUGCCUGCCUAGAGCAUCUGGACGUGGUUUCAGGGCCCGCCUCACUCUGCCAGCGCAACGUCUGGAUUCCCAGCAGCCGUCCGCCUGGGUAGAAGAAACCCGAGCUGCCCCAGAGUCAACGCAAGCAGAGGGGGCGGGUGGAGAAGUAACGCUGUCUUGGAAAUGUAAUAUUGGCCUUGGGGCGUUCCAUCUCUUCAGGAUUUCCAGUGGGGUCUUUGGAAGCAGCAGAAGCAGCCUGAAGGGCAGCAGCCCCAGGCCAGGCAGAAUUUGAACGCUCUGCCCUGCAGCUCUUCUGGACCCCGAGCCCAAGCCCUGCGCUCAGCAUUCACCAGGUUACAGUGCUUAUCUACGAGAACACACAUGGCUCUCUUACGAAAAAUCAAUCAGGUGUUGCUCUUCCUUCUGAUUGUGACCCUCUGUGUGAUUCUGUAUAAGAAGGUUCAUAAGGGGACUGUGCUUAAGAACGAAGCAGAUGACGAUUCUGAGACUCCUGAGGAAGUAGAAGAGGAAAUCCCUGUGGUGAUUUGUGCAGCGGCAGGGAGAAUGGGUGCUGCUAUGGCUGCCAUCAACAGCAUCUACAGCAACACUGAUGCCAACAUUUUAUUCUAUGUAGUUGGACUCCGGAAUACUCUGUCUCGAAUACGAAAAUGGAUUGAACAUUCUAAACUGAGAGAAAUAAACUUUAAAGUUGUGGAAUUCAACCCCCUGGUCCUCAAAGGGAAGAUCAGACCCGACUCCUCAAGGCCUGAAUUGCUCCAGCCUCUGAACUUUGUUCGAUUCUAUCUCCCUCUGCUUAUCCACCAACAUGAGAAAGUCAUCUAUGUGGACGAUGAUGUCAUUGUACAAGGUGAUAUCCAAGAACUGUACGAUACCACCUUGGCCCUGGGCCACGCGGCAGCUUUUUCCGAUGACUGCGAUUUGCCCACCACUCAGGACAUAACCAGACUGGUAGGGCUGCAGAAUACAUAUAUGGGAUAUCUGGAUUACCGGAAGAAGACCAUAAAAGACCUUGGCAUUAGCCCCAGCACCUGCUCUUUCAAUCCUGGUGUGAUCGUUGCCAACAUGACCGAAUGGAAGCACCAGCGUAUCACCAAACAACUGGAGAAGUGGAUGCAAAAAAAUGUGGAGGAAAACCUCUACAGCAGCUCCCUGGGUGGAGGGGUGGCCACCUCCCCCAUGCUCAUUGUGUUUCACGGGAAAUACUCUGCAAUCAACCCUUUGUGGCACAUAAGGCACCUGGGCUGGAAUCCAGAUGCCAGAUAUUCGGAGCAUUUUCUGCAGGAAGCUAAAUUACUCCACUGGAAUGGAAGACAUAAACCUUGGGACUUCCCGAGUGUUCACAAUGACUUAUGGGAAAGCUGGUUUGUUCCUGACCCUGCAGGGAUAUUUAAACUCCAUCACCACGACAGCUGAUAUAACUCUACCUUUUAAAUAUUUCCUGUUAAAAUUGUGGAACUGACCAUCUGUGCCUACUAUAACACUGUUCUUUAUGUACAGUACUUUGAUACAUAUGAUCCUUACUAGAAAACAAAAAAAAUGUACACAAAUUGUAAAAACAAGACCCUUUAGAAAAAAAAAAUGUUAGCACAUUAAGGAGAUAAACUGUACUUUGAAACAGAUGAUGCAUACUAGAAAACAAAAAACUACUGUGUACAAAUUGUAUCCUGGACCAUAUAGGUAUUGAUUUAUUUCCUAAGUACAAGUGGUAUGUAUGGAAUUCAAAAUUUGUGUGAGUGAAAUAUAUUGUUGGACAGAAAUAA